GUCGUGUUGGUGUGUCAAAUGUCACUUGUCAUUAAAUUAUUUACGUUUGCCCCUCUGACGUGGAUUUCAAACCAUCUUGUGGGGCUUUUUAUUAAUUAUCCAUAAAAAUGGACAUAGGGACACUUUUCGACGAUGUUAAACGUAUGAAUAAGCGACAAUUUCUUUAUCAAGUUUUAAGUUUUGGUAUGAUAGUAUCAUCGGCACUUAUGAUAUGGAAGGGAUUAAUGGUAGUCACGGGUAGCGAAAGCCCCAUUGUUGUGGUACUUUCGGGUAGUAUGGAACCGGCUUUUCAUCGGGGAGAUUUGUUGUUUUUGACAAAUUACCCCGAAGAGCCGGUGCGAGUUGGAGAGAUUGUUGUGUUCAAAGUCGAGGGCAGGGACAUUCCAAUUGUUCAUAGAGUACUUAAAUUGCAUGAAAAGGAAAAUGGUACAGUGAAAUUCCUCACAAAGGGUGAUAAUAAUAGUGUUGAUGAUAGGGGGUUGUACGCCCCGGGUCAAUUGUGGCUAACAAAAAAAGACGUGGUUGGGAGAGCCCGAGGUUUUCUACCCUAUGUGGGUAUGGUUACUAUUUUAAUGAAUGAAUACCCAACAUUUAAGUUUACAAUUCUAGUGUGUCUAGCAUUUUACGUCUUAAUUCACAGAGAGUGAUCACUUUUCUAUUUUUUUGUAAUUACUUCCAAUAAAAAUUUAAGAAUAUGACUGGUUAAUAGUCA